AUGAGUUCACUCAUUGAGGAAAGAAAUCUCGCAUUCCGGGAAGUGGAACCAGGAGGAUCUCCCGUCGAGACGUUUCUCAGGGUCUGGCCUCGCCUCGAGUCUCAUUACGGAAACAUGGUCAAACAUUUGCAAGGCGCUUUGGAAGGAGCACUCAACAUUCGCUGCACCGUUUCAGGACGCGUGAAAUCAUUAAGUUCAAUCACAAAGUCAAUCGAGCGACGCCAAGUUCAUCGUGGAAAACAGUAUGAUAAAGUUGAUGAGAUCUUCGACGACCUACAUGAUAUCGCGGGCUUCCGUAUUGUCGUUGACUAUCCCUCGGGAAUCCAAACUGCUAAGCUUUUCGUUACCCAAAGCUUUCAACUGAUAUCUACGAAUGUCUUCAAAGCAGACAGAGAAGUCCCCGAUGCCUGGAAACCUACCUUUGGUUCUUUUCAAAGCGAGAAUCAUCACGUUGUCUUGCAUUCCGAUGCUAAAUACCCACUCAGCCCAUUUUGCGAUAUCCUGUUUGAGAUACAGAUCUUGAGUCUAGCGGAGAGUCUAUACAACAGGCUGGCACAUCCUCUACUUUACAAGCAAUCCUCCGGCCAAUUGCCCAUCAACGAGCAGAAACUGAUCGACGUCACACAUGGCCUUUCUCUCUGUUACUGGAUAUGUCUUUCAUGUAUGGAGGACCGCCUUGAAGGAAAACCGACGCAAAACAUUCCCUUUGCAGUUCAAACAGUCGCCCAAUUAGAUGGGAAUCAAAAUGCCGACAUGAAUCACUUCGUGAAAGCUACACCCUAUCCCAUGCCAGCAUCUGGCGGAAGGAUUCCUAUCGAGAAAUGUUUGGAGACGGUGAAGGAUCUGUCAAAAGAAGCAAUGUCUGCGGAUCAGCUCAAUAGUCGGCUUUCUGUGCUAUUAAAUGAUUCAACCCAUACAUCGACAAUCAAUGCAAACUAUGGAUCCGGCAAUAUCGUGCAGAACUAUGGCUCCGGUACCAACACCCAUAGCAACAACACUUACAAUAGUGCAGGAGGAAACAUAACGUUUGCCAAGGAUGAUACCGAGGACGAGAUUCGCAACGCCUUCUGGGUAACAGAUCCGCAAUCUCACAAAGAAGAUAUCCAAGAACGGAAGGGUGGUCUAAUCAAAGAAUCGUACCAUUGGAUCCUACACAACGAGCAGUUUGUAAGAUGGUAUGAGCAAGAGUACCCACUCCUCUGGAUAAACGGCGAUCCCGGCAAAGGCAAGACAAUGUCCGUAUGCGGCAUCAUCGACCACAUCAGUGCCUUGUCAGUUUCCGACACCAUUCUUUCAUACUUCUUCUGUGAUGCCAGCGACUCAAACUACAAUAACGCCACCUCCGUCUUGCGUGGUAUCGUCUACUCCAUUAUCUUCCGAAAUAGUGCGGCCUUGUCCUACGUCCGAGAGCAAUUCAAGGAACUUCAGAAGGCACUUUCAGACCCAAGACUUGCAUGGCCCAUAUUGCAAAAGACCUUCAUUGGUAUCGUUACCGCAAUCAAGGAUCAAAAGAUCUUUCUAAUCAUUGAUGCGCUUGACGAAUGCAGGGAAGGUCGAGAGAAGCUCAUGGAAUUUAUUGUCAAGCAAUCAUCUUCGCUAAACGUCAAAUGGCUUGUCUCAAGUCGCAAAUGGCCAGUCAUCAGAGAGAUCCUAAUGACUUGUCCUAAGUUGUUAGAAUUGAGCUUGGAGGACAAUGAGAUAGAUGUCUCCGAGGCAGUUGGCCUUUACAUAUCGCACCAAGUGGAAAGCCUCUCUGAACUCAAACGGUACGACCCUCAACGGAAAGAGGCCGUUGGAGUCCGUCUUCGUGCAAAAUCAAACAACACAUUCCUAUGGGUUUCGCUUGUUUGUGGAAUGCUCAAGGAAAUUCCCGCUUGGCAAACAAUGAAGAGACUUGACGGGUUCCCGACCGGGCUUGAUGCCCUGUACGGGAGGAUGUUGGAGCAAAUCCAGCCUUCACCUGGAGGUAAAGAAGAUCUGACUUUUCACGAGCUAUACGAAAAAAUCAUAUCAUUGAGUCUGGGCGCGUUUAGACCUUUCUCUUUGGAUGAGCUCUACUACUUGGUCGACGAUCAGGAGAUAGCUGUGCAAGAAUUUGAAGAUAUAGUCGCCUUGUGCGGUUCAUUCUUGACGGUCCAACGUCGAGUCGUUUAUUUCAUACAUGACUCAGCAAAGGACUACCUCCUUCAUGAUGCGAGUGGGUUCAAAUUUGACUCAAAACAACAGCAUGCUGUACUGUUCUCACGAUCACUCGGCAAUCUGACACGGUCACUCAAGCGCGAUAUCCUGCACCGUGAAUCUCAUGCUACACUAACAGUGGAAGAGGGUCUUGGAUUCAUCUCAUAUCAAUGCCUUCACUGGGUUUCUCAUUUGGUGGAGUCUGAACAGUCCACAGUAACACAAGAAUUGACGGACGGUAGCCCUGUUGACAAAUUUCUGCGCCAGAAGUUUCUGUUUUGGGUCGAAGCUCUUGGCCAUCUCAAGUCUAUUGCCCUUGGUAUAAGUGGGAUGUUGAAGCUGGAGCACAUGCUUGAUGUAUGA